GCAUGCGUGAAAGUGACAAGAUUGAACUUUGACCCACCAGCUGAUGGAAGCGUGCAAGUUUUCACGUCAGCUGAAUCUGGAUCUCUUUUUCAACGAUGAUCGCAGACGUUUUGUUGGGCGUGGUGGCGUUCUUACACCUCGUAGCCUGCCCCUAUACGAAAGUGGAAGAGAGUUUUAACGUACAAGCAACUCACGACAUCCUAUUUCACCGGCAAAACCUGGAAAAGUACGAUCACCAUGAGUUUCCCGGAGUUGUUCCACGUACCUUCGUCGGUCCACUGUUCAUCUCAGGACUGGCAGCACCAUUCGUGGCCCUGACACAGCUGAUAUGGGAGAACAAGUUCAUCGCACAGUACUUAGUGCGUGGGUGCCUAGGCCUGUGUGUGCUGUAUGGUUUCUCCACCUUCCGUCGUGCCGUCAGUAAGAAGUUUGGUUCAGAUGUGGGGACGAUGCUGGUCCUCCUGACAGCCACACAGUUCCACUUCAUGUUCUACAUCACCAGACCUCUGCCCAAUGUGUUCGCACUGUCGGUGGUUCUUCUUGCUCUGAGUUCCUGGUUGACAGGGAAGCACGGUUCAUUCAUCUGGCAGUCGGGAUUCGCGAUUAUCGUUUUCCGGUCUGAGCUGUGUCUGUUCCUGGGGCUGAUCUUACUGCAUGAGCUGGGCACUAGGAGACUUGGUGUGUUAGAACUACUGAGACAUGGUGUACCAGCCGGGGUGGUGUGUCUGGCUGUGACUGUGUCUGUAGACUCUGUGUUCUGGCAGAAGCUGCUGUGGCCUGAGGGAGCAGUGCUGCACUAUAACACCAUCCUCAACAAGAGCUCCAACUGGGGUACUGAACCAUUUCUGUGGUACUUCUACUCUGCCAUCCCCCGUGCCCUGGUAGCCAGCACCCUCCUGGUGCCUGCUGGGAUGUGGUUAGACUCCAGGAUAGCCAAGACUGUGGCUCCAGCUCUGGGCUUCGUUCUGUUGUACUCCAUCCUGCCACACAAGGAGCUCAGGUUCAUCAUCUAUGUCUUCCCUGUGCUGAACGUGGCGGCGGCAAGGUUCUGUGCAACAGUUUACCACAACUGGCGUAAGUCAAAGCGAUGGGUGGUGGCAGCCUUGAUUGUGAUUGGUCACCUGAUGGCGAACUGUGCAGCGACAGCUGUCUUCAUGUACGUGUCGCACCACAACUACCCCGGAGGGUACGCACUGCACAUGUUGCACCAGACUGUACCAAGUCACACAGAUGUCCAUGUCCACAUUGAUGUAGGCUCUGCACAGACUGGAGUAUCUAGGUUUGGUCAACUCAACUCCAACUGGAGGUACGAUAAAACAGAAGACCUCACGCCGGGAGGCGCCCAGAUGAUGGCUUACACACACCUGCUACUGGAGGCAACCGACCAAUCACAGCUGUACACCAAGUCACAUGACACCUUCGUCACCGUGGAGGGUUUCAGUGGGAUACAGAAGCAGUUUCGCAGUUUUCCUCCGAUAGCCAUCAAGACAGAACCCCGGAUUAUAGUUCUCGCGAAGAAAAAGGGGAAAAGCCGUGGCACUGCAUGAUUCUGAGCUUUCUGACAUUGUUGUAGUCUUGAAUGUCCAAUUUUACUGAUGCCAAAUCAUUCCAAAUUUUUUUGUUGCAUGUAAGGGGGAAAUAUGUCCACUUACUGAGCACUUCUGAGCACAGAUUUAGUGAUGCUAACGGCAAUAAGACAGGAUUUUUACCUUCCCGGGCGACGGGGAGGGAUUUGCGUACAGCACACUCGGGGGAAUCCCCAAAAAAUAAGCCUCAUAAAAGAUUCAGUGGCCGUCGGUAAUCACCCAUCUUGGCGGUGUAGUUUGUGGCUGUGGCUGCAUUUUUUCCCUCUGCUUUUAGCGAGACAAUUGGGUCAGAAUGUGCAAUCUUGACAUAUAGCCCGUCUGAGGGGUGUAUGGAAAUAUUAAGAAUGAUUACUAGCAAUAACUACAGACACAUUUCCGUUUCAUUUAUCACUAUAAGAGCCAGACAUGAUGAAGAACAAAAAACUAGGUUAGAUAAGGGAUCCAUCUUCUUUGUGGCAAUCAUCAAGCCAGAACAAUUUGUGCAUUACCCAUACCCCCCCCCCUCCAUUUGUUAUAUCCUAUGCAGGAGCAUUACAGUGGAAAAAUAUUGCCGACAGUGUAUGAAGGGCGAAUGUUAUUGGGAAUGUGGGGCUUGGCUGCGGGAAUCUGUGCCAAAGAGAGUGCUCGGAAUGCUGAUAUAGGAGUUAUUGAUUAUCAGGGAGCCUUAUGGAGACGGCCAGUCUGUGGUACAGGGCUGCACUUACGUGCGACACAAAUCUGUGUUUUUUACAACCUGGUAGGAUCUGUAGAACACAUACCUCUACAUGUGUCGUUUAUUUUGGGUGUGGGCCUGCACCUACCCAGUAUUCAAGUUAUCGUCUUUACUGUUUGAUUUUUUUGCUACAUUUGUACUGUUGGUAAAGGCUUGAAAAUGUUGAAUUCACCACCCCUGUAUAAUCCAGACAACCUGUCCAAUGUGUCCCCUUUUUGGUGGUCCUUUAGAUAAUUUCCCCAUUUUGACCAAAGCUUCACGGAAAAAAAGAGCAAAAUGGCUAAAGAAGAUUCCCAAAUUUUCAAAAUAGAGACCAAAAGUGUUGUAGCAAGGAUUUUAACCUCCUUGGUUGUACCAAGAAUUGAAGAGACCAAGGAGGUUUAACACAAAUCUCCUUGAACUUCGCCAGCAAGAUUUUUAUUCCUUUAUUCAAGAAGUACUGAAAGUGACGCUAGUGUGAUAGCUUACCGGUAGUAUCAUUAUAACUACACUCAAGGCUACCGCACUGUUGUCAUUUCUACAAUCACCAAACUAAAUUCACUUCAAUAACUACAACCAUGGCUAUCUCACUAGUGUCACUUCAGCAACCACUGUACAGUCAAUGCUACCAUGUCACAUCUUUCCUUUUUCCAUAUUUUCCUGUCAUGUCGACCAUUGCCAGAGGAGGACAAAAUUUCUUUUUUCUUUUAAUUCAGAUGAAACUCAAUAUUUGCAGAUAUUUGCAGUCGUCCAUACAAUUUACUUGCUGUGGCCUAAUAGGCCUAUUAAGCCUAACUACAGAUUAUCAUCUACAGUUACCUGAGGUACCUCCUCAGGUCAACCUUUGCCCUUUGGCCAAUCAGAUGGGUAUGUGAGAUACAACACGAUGUGUACUUAUUUGGCAGCCCAGCAACAAAUGUUGUGGUAAAAUGCAGUAACCGUUUUUUUUUUUUACAUUUGGGGCAAUUAGAAAAUUAAUAAAACUGAAACAAACAGAUUCAGUGCCUGUUCAAACCUAAACGGUAUCCAUGGCAAAAAGGAACCCAUCUAAUCAAUGAUCAAUGUUAACAAGUAGGAUUUAAGAUAAUCUCCUUGCUGUUAAAGAUUAUUAAAUUUUUGUUCAUUUGUAAUUAAAAAACAAUUGUGUUCAGGUACUAUUUUAUAUUAACCUAUGUAUGUUUAGUUUUAAGUCUUACAAACUUAUUCUUUUCUGUGAGACUCUGCUGUGGAAGAACCUUCAUUCAUGUAAACAUAAACAUGAAAAAGUACCUGUUUCAACACAUGGAAGUCCUAUACCCCUAUCUCUUUCAAAACAGAAAUCCACAACAAAGUAUCAGAAGAGAUUCUGGUGUGUUACGCUGAACGGCGGUUAUACCGGCUAUAUAGAUACAGAUACAGAAGAGAAUCAAGAGAUGCAGAAAUUUGAUGGACAUGCAGCAAAUCUCUCAUUGGUUUCACUACUAAUUUUGAUUGUCAGCCAGAUCUCCAGGGUUUUUGCUUCAUGUCUGUGCAUGGAUGUAGCUGUUAAUUUUCCUUGUAAAUCAUCCUGUUGUCUGUAUGGAUGACAGAAUGCAAAUAUUCACUCGUUGGGACCCUCCAUGCAAGACAGAUUGGAUGGUUGUUGAGAAAAAGACUUCAAAUGCAUCAUAAAAACCAUUUGUGUUUCUCAUUUUGCCUUUGGGAGAUGGAAUCGCAAACCCGUGCUCUAGACAUCAUGGCGGCAGCGGGUGAUUUAAGGCAGGAGGAUUAUUAUCAUUAUGUACUGUCUGCCUCUGAAGACACACCAGAUACACACACAAAGGAAAUAAAUGUAAUGUGUUCUGUAACUGAACAAGUAACUGAUAUGGCGCUUUUCCUUUCACAUGCAGUGAUAGCUAUGCUGUAUUACUGUGUAAUUUGUUGGCACUAUAAAAUAAUGCUUUUUAUUAUUCUGCCUGAGCCAAUGCAGCAAGCACUUUGGAAUCUCAACUCAGACUCCUGCUCUCAAGUUUUGAAUGAAAACCAAUGUAGAAAUAAUCUUAUGAUAUCGAUAGAGCUACGAUAUUUAGAAUUUGAUGAUCACGAUUUACAAAAAUGUAUCAGCAUUGCCCUUCAUCAUGCUUGUGUUGGUAACAUACAUAUAAAAACUCAAGGGGUACUGGGUAGCAUAGAAAUACCAACUCCAGACCAUUAAAGAUGUUGAUAGGAACUGAUAUGUCUUCAUGAUAAGAAUAGGUUUCAUACAUCAAAUGAUACUUGAUAUAACAGUCAGUCAUGCAAGUGGAAGAAUGAUUGUACAGUCACAAAUGGAACACAGCAUAUUAGUGGCAAGAGAAAUGGCUAUGGUAAUGAGUGUAGUGGGAAAUGCAUGUAUUUCAGAUAGCACUUGAAUAUACAUCAUGUAAUACGAACUGAUUCCAUUUCUUUGAUAGCUGGACUUCCAAGGAAAAGUAUUAUGCCUGAAGAUUCUAUCAGUUCAAAUAGUAAUGUUGAUAUAAUCAUUUUUUGAUGUUGUAUCAGAAAGAAAGGUAUAACAGGGUUACAUGUACAUGCAUGACUUUGUACCUUGGUGCAAGAUACUGAGUCUGUUGUAUUAUUACAUUGUACUUACUUGAAUUGUAUUGUAUUACAUUGUAAUACCGGGUACAUAGACUAGAAAACAUGUCUGAACUAUUGCCAUUGAUUCACUGAGUGUAGUGCAAGAAUGAUACCAGCUCCUUUAAUGUCAUUCCUUCUCAAAGAGAAAAAU